ACCGACACCCCGUAAUCUCUCCACGACGCCACACGAAUUCCCACGCGAAUCGUUCCUUUGCUGCUACACCCGGCGAUACCGCAUACCUCAGCCGCUCUUCACGUCGCAACAACCCUCCGUACCAUUGCCGCCGCUGCGCAUCGCGUCGUCCACCUAGCCGGCAGCUACAUAGACUGCUCCCAUCUCCAAUUUUUAGACUUAAUAUCCUCCUCGACCGUUCAGCGGGUGGUGCCGUGGGCCACCCCGUUUCUUCAUAAUGCUUCUCCCCAAAGGCGGCGUCAGCUGGAAGGCUGCGAGAGCACAGCUUCCUCCCGCAAGGGCACUAUGGGCUAUCCUCACAAAGACACGAUUCCUCCUCCUCGUUGCCGUAACAGGAGUGGUGCUAUUACUAUGGCGCGGCAUCAGCACAGGCGCCUCCGAGAUGCAAAGUUUCUACUGCUGGGGUCCCUCAAAACCGCCAAUGGAGAUGACGCUUAACGAGCAACAAGCUUGGAAUGCUCACCUCCAUACUCCUGUCAUCUUCAACCACCACGCUCCGCUAGAAAUUAACUCGUCCACCAUCAGCCACGUCGACCUCAACCCCGUCAAGUCCACCACCAAGGCCGUCGCCAACGAGGAGCGCAUCCUGAUCCUCACCCCUCUCAAGGACGCCUCCAGGUAUCUCUCCAAGUACUUCGAGCUGAUCGCCGAGCUUACCUACCCCCACCACCUCAUCGAUCUUGCCUUCCUUGUCAGCGACUCUACCGAUGACACUCUUGCUGUCCUCGCUUCCGAGCUGGACCGCAUCCAGAAGCGCCCCGACCAGAUCCCCUUCCACAGCGCCAUGGUUGUCGAGAAGGAUUUCGACUUCAAGCUGAGCCAGAAUGUUGAGGAGCGCCACUCGUUCGCUGCCCAGGGUCCUCGUCGCAAGGCCAUGGGUCGUGCGCGCAACUACCUACUUUCUGCUGCCCUGAAGCCCGAGCACUCCUGGGUUUACUGGAGAGAUGUGGAUAUUGUUGACAGCCCCAAGAAGAUCCUAGAGGAUUUUAUUGCCCACGAUAAGGACAUUCUUGUUCCCAACAUUUGGUUCCACCGCUACCAGAACGGCCGCGAUAUCGAGGGCAGAUUCGACUACAACUCUUGGGUCGAGUCCGAUAAGGGUCGCAGACUUGCUUCUAGCCUUGACAAGGAUGUUGUUCUCGCUGAAGGCUACAAGGAGUACGACACCGGCCGCACUUACAUGGCUAGAAUGGGCGACUGGCGCGACGACAAGGACGUCGAGAUUGAGCUUGACGGUAUCGGUGGCGUGAAUAUUCUUGUCAAGGCCGAUGUCCACCGUUCUGGUAUCAACUUCCCCUGCUACGCUUUCGAGAACCAGGCCGAGACGGAGGGUUUCGCCAAGAUGGCCAAGCGCGCCGGCUACCAGGUCAUCGGUCUUCCCAACUACGUUGUUUGGCACAUUGACACCGAGGAGAAGGGUGGUAACGCAUAAAGAGUCUGUAACCGGAUUCUCUUUGCAUCAACAUCCUGUCUGCACACACCCGAUAAACAUCGCGCGGCGGCGAAGGGGAAACACGAU